ACCUAAUAGUUUGCGUUGUUCAACUCCCCUUCUCUCUCUCUCCCUCUCUCUCUCUCUCUCGUGAACUACGCCAUCAUGGCUGGCGUCGCGGUGAAGCUCCACCUCUCUCCGGUUCCAGAUCUCGCCGAGAGCCGCCGCCUCCACGGACGAACCAACCACCAUUACCAUCCUUGCCUCUCCCUACCCUCAAUCCCCCGCACUUUCCCUUCGAUCUCCAUCCCCCUCCUCCUCCCCCGUUCCGCCAACCCUAGCCUCUCCCAGACUCUAGCCUCCACCGAACCCCCCGCCCUCUCCAGCGGCGGACCCUCCAAACCACCACACGGUCCCAGCGAUAAUGGCCGCGGCGGAGGCGGCGGCGACGGCGCCCCCGGCGAUGAUCACCACAGCGAGGAGCCGAGGUCGUCCGAUCCGGGCGGUCCCCUUGGGCUCUUCCUCGAGGGUUGGCGUUCUAGGGUCACGGCCGAUCCUCAGUUCCCCUUCAAGGUCCUCAUGGAGGAGCUCGUCGGUGUCACCGCGAACGUCAUCGGUGACAUGGCCUCCCGCCCCAACUUCGGCCUUAACGAACUCGACUUCGUGUUCUCCACCCUCGUCGUGGGAUCCAUCGUCAACUUCGUCCUCAUGUACCUCCUCGCCCCCACCGCCGCAUCCGCCGCUGCCUCCUCCGCCCUUCCCGGCAUCUUCGCCUCCUGCCCCACUAGUCACAUGUUCCAGCCCGGUCCUUACUCCCUCUUCUCCCGUCUUGGCACCUUCCUCUAUAAAGGUGCCACCUUUGCCGCCGUCGGCUUCGCCGCGGGGCUUGCAGGGACCGCCAUCUCAAAUGGGCUGAUCGCGCUGCGCAAGCGGAUGGAUCCUGCGUUUGAGACACCGAACAAGCCUCCGCCCACAGUGCUGAACGCACUGACUUGGUCACUGCACUUGGGAUUGAGCAGUAAUUUCCGGUACCAGACGCUGAACGGUCUGGAGUUUCUGAUGGAGAAAACCUUGCCAUCCGCCGGAUUCAAGGCAUCCGUGGUGGUGCUGAGGUGCUUGAACAAUGUUCUUGGCGGGAUGACUUUUGUUAUGCUCGCCAGGUUGACAGGUUCGCAAAAGGCGGGAGAAAGUGAGGAGGAGAAUGGAGAGAUCAAGGAGAAACUGGUAAGCCACUGUGUUCCAGUCGCAGAGGAUGGUGAUGGGGAGUCCCAGAGGAACGAGUCUUAAUAAAGGUGAGGCUUCUUUAGCUUCUUUGGUUUCAUUACUUUGUUAGUAUAAACAAAGUUGGAACAAAGAAGUGAUCUCGGGCUAGCAAGGAACAUGAGGUGAAAUUUAUGUGGCCAUGUAAAGUGCUGUGGCUAAAAGGAUGGAUUUUAGUCAGGGUUGAAGUGAAUCAAUAAAUGAGAGCCUGAGCGGCUUCUCUUUUCUUUAAAGUGCUGAGACUGGGAUUUGGAAUUAUGAUCAACAAUACUAUCGUGAAAAGUUUCUACUUUACCACAGUGGUUACUGUGUGUGUGAUGAGUGGUUGUUUUUUAUGGUAAUCUGAUACAUGAUUAAUUAUGAUUAAUAAAAUAGCAGACAUGCAAGUGAACAUGCGUUUUUUC